GUUGGAGUCCAAAAUGGACAGAAAUUUAAUUCGAUCUUCCAAUAAUUAAGCCUUCGUUCAAUUCCUUAUACGUAGUAUAUGAAAGUGUUCAAGUACUUGGUAAUUAAACUCGCUAGCUACCUCAUCUCUUCUUUGUGUCCCUUACUGCCUUAGUCUGCUAAGCUACUUUAAUUUGGCCUUUAGGUUGUCCAUUGAAGCCUACUAUACGUACACACACCACAACACAAAGAAAAGAAAUGGGGUUUGCUUCGAAAAAACUUGGUGAAGCUCUACUACUCUUCUCACUCGUCACCUCCGUGGUGGCCGCCACCUUGCCAAACGACGGUAACCCUAAUUUGGUGAACGCUACGUUGGUUAAGGCCGACAAAAAAGCAGUUUGCUUGCUCGGGAAUCCGGCAGCUUACUUUUACGCGCCGGGAUAUGGUAAUGGGAUUGAAAAUUGGAUUAUUUAUCUUCCCGGGGGCGGAUGGUGCAGAAACGUUAGUGACUGCGAAGACUAUAUUGUAAACAAAGGCGUAGGUUCAAAUCCAGGACCAUUUAAUUUUGAUGGUUUUGGUAUUUUGAGCCCUAAUAAAGAACAAAAUCCCGGCUUUUAUGACUGGAACCGAGUUUUUGUCCGGUAUUGUGAUGCGUCUUCGUGGACGAGCAACUCUCAGGCAUUAACAGCAAAUGGUACUAAGCUAUACUUCAGGGGAAAGAGAAUUUUCAAAGCUGUGAUGAAAGAGUUGUUGCACAAAGGAAUGCGAAGUGCAAAAAAUGCUCUAUUAGUCGGCAGUUCAGCAGGUGGAGUAGCCACAACUAUUUAUUGUGACAAAUUCCGAAGCUACUUUCCUGCUACUUCUACAGUAAAGUGUUUCUCCGAUGGUGCCUAUUUCUUUCUUCCGAAGAAUCGCACGGAAGAGAAUACAUUUCUAUUAAUGUUUAAGGGCCUGGUGAAACUACAUAAAUCAGGAAGUGUGCUGCCGAAAUCUUGUAGAAGAAGAUUAAGUGCAGAAUUGUGUUUCUUUCCUCCAAAUUUAGAGGAGGACAUCACAACACCAAUGUUUUUCUUAAUGUCAGCUUUUGACAGAGUCCAGAUCUUGUAUACUCUGUCAAUUGAUCUUGCUGGUUGUGUCCCUCUCAAGAAUUGCACGUCCAACCAAAUUGAAGCCUCACGAGAGCUUGGGUCGGAGCUUCUAACUGUGCUACCAACGCAAAACAAAGGAUAUCUCAUCACAGCUCCAUUCGCUCAUACUCAAGCGGAUCAGUCUACUUGGAACACUUUUCCUGCUGCACAGACUAAUGAGACUAUAGCAGGCAUAUUCGGUGAUUGGUACUUUGGAAGGAAAAGUGUUGAAAUAAUAGACAAGAAUCCAGGUCCCUACCAAUACCCUACAAGUCGAAGUGGUGCAUAGUCUCGAUGCGAAACGAUAUGAUGAAUCACAUUUUUAUGAAGCCAUUACGAGGACAGAAAAGCCACCUCAGAUAGUUCCGACGAGAAUCACCUUCCAGACUUGUCUAUUUGGGGACUUCCGUGUCACCGUGUGGAAUUGUUUCUUAACUUUUGUAAACAGAAAAGUCAGCUAAAUAAAUGUUAUGUUCACAAAAUAACCUUUUCUUAACACAAGAAAAGUGUAGAUUAUGUCCACAAAAUUUUAGUUUAAGAUUUAAUUGAGAAGUCAGCUAAAUAAAUUAUUGAAAAACUAUGUGUUUUGUAUAUAUUUACACAGUGUAUUUUAAUAAUUUAUUCAACUGACUUCUGAGCUGAGUUUUCAUCAAAAAAACUCUCUCGAGAGUCCCUCAAAUAGACAAAUUCAGACGGUAGUUUCGGUCAGAACUACUUGAGGUGAUUAUUAAUUUCUUUUAUUUAAUUUCUGGUUGUGUAGCAGCUAAUUAUACUGCUUUGAGGGGUCGGUGUAGUAAUUAUUUGCUAAACUCAAUGUUCUCCCUAUAUUCUAAAUAGGGAAAAAUAAUAAAAAUACCCCAAACUUUGAAAGGGUGUGAAGUAAGCACCCAAACUUGCAUAUGUAAUUUAAAUACCCCAAAUUUUAUAUAAAGAUUUAUUUUCGCACCAUUGUCAUGUAUUAUUUCUUUCAAAAAUGUAAUUCUAUGGAGUAAUUGCAUAAUUUAAAAUAGAAAUUUAAAAAUGUUGCAAUUGUAUGGAUUGGGGGUAGCAUUAUUUAUUUCUAAAUGGAAGUUAGAAUGUUAAUUGUGUCUUCAAGAAUUCUAAAAUAUUUUAAAUUUUGCAAUUAACACCAUAAGUUUACAUUUUUGAAAGAAAUAAUAUUUGACUAUGGUGUUAAAAUAACUUUUUAUAUAAAGUUUGAGAUAUUUAAAUUACAUAUGCAAGUUUGGGGUGUUCAUCUCACACCCCUUCAAAGUUUAGGGUAUUUUUAUUAUUUUUCUCAUUCUAAAUAUUUCUUAACUGUGUUUUUAAUC